AAAUAAUGUUUUUGUUGUUGGUUUUUUUUUUAAAGUGGAUGUGGUUAAAGAGGAAAAUACAAUGUAUAAAUCUGUACUUGAGGGUUAAAAAAGUGCCACAAGCAGGGACAAACAUGUUUAUGGUGCUUGUAUUUGGAAACUUCUCAUUUAGAGCACACAAACACCCACAUAGUUCCCAGAGAGGAAAUUCAGAGAAAAACACCAAAUACUCCUGGGGAGGGAGAGAUAGGACCUGUGAAUUCUACAGCCAACUUUGUUUUAUUUGCAUACGGAGAAAGAAAAUGUGUUUGGAUGCAAGAAAUGUGAUGUUUAGGUUACAAGAAAGUUGGUAAGUAAGGUAUGUGCCGGGAGAGCAAACAGUCUGCAAGAAAUUAGCUAAUUAUAAUCAAGGGCUGCAUGCGAAAGGGAGGGACUGAGAGAGUCAGACAGUCAAUAAAGGCACAGGAAGGUUUGGCAGACAGAAACGCACAGAUAGAAAUGAAAAUAUUGGCAUAUAGAAGAAGCAGAGAGGGAAAACGGGAUGACAGAUUUGAGUGAAGAAUAAUUUAUGCUAAAGCAGCUCAGAGUGAAGAUUGGCAAGUCACAGGAAAGCAAGAGACUUUGUGAGAAGGAAUGAAACUGGCAGUAGGACAGAGGCUGGAGUAAUAAAAAGGUAUUUCCUCAGUGUCAAUGGAGGUACUUGGUCAGCAAUCUGAGCUGUGCAGUCCAAGCCUUGAAUCAGAACCAAUCAAAGUAACAAAGCAUAUAGAUGUAGCAAAGCAAAACCCAGAAGUCAGUGAGUUACUCCAAGAAAAAGUGGUCACAGAGCCUCCUCAAAUGACAUGUUACAAGAAUAUUGAUCUACCUGUCACUCAGGCUUCACAGGUAAAGAAUGGAAGCCCAAGAAGUUUCCACUUACCCAACCCCAAGGACAAGAGACCAAAUAAGCCAUUGUCCCAGUCAAAGUUGGAGAAGCAGAGUAGCAUUAAAGAUACAGAGCCUUCAUAUCUUCCUCCAGGGUCACAAGAGGAUUGUUGUGUACAAUGCACCCUAGCACUCCUCUUCUGUCAGUUUCUAUCACUGUGUAACUUGAUCCUGGAUGUCUUAACAUGCGGCUCCUGUUCAGCUGAUUCUGCUGAGUUCUGCUGUAGCUGCUGCUCCAUGGGUGGAUGUCCUGAUUGCAGUGAAUCCUGUGACACAGACUGUGGGAUUGUGGAUGCUUGUUGCGAAUCAGCGGACUGUCUAGAAAUCUGCAUGGAGUGCUGUGGUUUGUGCUUUUCUUCCUGAAAUGAGUCUUUUUUGAUGUACUAGUACUGCUCUAUUCACUUAAUGCAUGCAUGGUGCACAACAUUUGCACUAUAAGAGUCGAGAAAGCUCCAGAGUGAAAAGAGAUUUAAUACAGAUAGUCCAAUUGCCCGUAAAGGUACAGCAACAUCAGAAAGUGAAAGCGUUUUAAAGUAAUUAAAAUAUAUUGUACCAUUGUCUUGUACUGGUAAAACUUGCGCUUCUGCUCUAGAAACUAGUAUAUGUAUAUAAAUAUGCAUAACUUUUGUAAAAAAGAUUUUUUAAAGAUUUUAUUUUGUACAAUUUUCAAAUUAUAAACAAACAAACAAAAAAACAUAUAGAAAGAGGAAGGAGAGAAGUGAGGGUAAGAUAUCAAUUAUAAAUGUUCAAAGUUGAAAGUAUUCCACAAUCAGACUUUUUACAGGUCCAACCAGGUACCCCAUAUGGCACUGAAUUUCUCCUGACAAUCUCUUGCUAGGUAGGUCAGUUUUUGGCAUGGGAGGGAAUCAUUUACCAAUUUUUGCAAAAAUUGUAAAGGAGGCACAGAUUUCCAAUGCAUUAGGAUGGCCUUCUUGGCAUAGCAGAGCAGCAGUAAAUAUCACAGUCUGGAGUAAGACUGGAGUUUUAGAUCACCUGUUAAUCAUAGCAAAUAGCGUUCUAGUUCUAGAAAGUGAAUAUUCGAGAGCGCAAGCUUCUCACUGAGUAACUGUGAUACCUCACCCCCAGCAUGCUCUGGAUUGCCGGGCAGGACCAGAAGACAUGAAACAGAGUGCCUAUCGCAUCUCUGCACUUGGGAUAUUGGUCUGACACUAUAUCAUAGAUUUUUGCCAGACGGUAAGGGGUUAUGUUUAGGAAUAUUAUUUGUAUGUAUCUAACCCUCAUGGAAAUGGAUAUAUCUGGAACCAGUAUGAGAGCGUCAGACCACAUCUCAUAAUCUAGCAUGGGAAUGUCUCUCUGCCAUUUAAUCUCAGACGAGAGGAACAUGAGGUGGUCAAUAUAACGUAAAGACAGGAAAGGGGUUUAGUCAGGUCUUGUGUCAAGUGUUGUUUUGGUGGAUCACUGUACUAGAGGCCACCCCUUCAGACUAGAAGAAAAGAACUUUCAUUUGAAGGAACGUAGUGGGUUCUUCACAGU